AUGUCUUAUAGAAACCCCAAUGUGGAGAAUCCUCAAGACCAAGUGUAUCCUCCAAGGUAUCCACAACAACAAAGACCUCCUUACCAAUCUCAAGGAAGUCAAUUUCAGCCAAGGCAAGGAUAUGAGCAGAGAUCAUCAUAUCCACCCAAACAAGCAAGGAGUAAGACUAAGGCCCCUACACCAAAACCGCCCAAGGGAUCAACCAAGAUUGAAGUUGAGGCCAAGCCAAGAAGGAAGGUUAGAAAACCUAGGUAUGGCCGCAACAUGAAGCUUCUAUUCCCAAAGGAGCUUAUUGAUGAGAAUCUAGAAGGAUUCAAGGAGAGAGUGACAAGAACUCUAAAGCUUUUUCCUAAGGCAGUAGUGCCAAGGGACAUUCAUGGAGAGAUUGUCUAUCCAGCUGUGAAUCACCCACCAGAUACUCAUUGCAAGGAGAAAAGACUUGGAGGAUCAAAGAUGCCUCUUGUCUCCAUCUUCUCCUAA